GAAAUUCCGAAUAAAUUAAUUGAAAAUUAUCAAAAUUCGUCUAAAUAAUAUGUCCUUAAUUAAUUUCUGUGUUCCUUAUUAAUAAAAAACAAGCAACAAGAUGCAUUCAAUACGAAAACCAAGAAUCGAGCAAAAGGAUUUAAAAUGUCUCAAAUGCAAAGAAUUUUACGGGAACGCACAAUGGGACAUGCUUUGUUCCAAAUGUGCGCGAGACCAAAAGAAAUAUAAUGGGAGUGUCUCUGGGCGAAGUGUUGAUGCUACAACUCGCGAGUUACUGCGAGAGCGUCAAAAAACUGUCGACAAAUUCGGUACAUAUCCGCGAUCUUUGGGACGCCAACUAAGCGAUGUGAGCAGCAACAGCACAUCAAGCAGUAAAAAGCGAAAUUUGCUGGAUGUUUUCAAGAAAUCCAGUAGUCCGGAGCCUACGUCAUCGAAUCAUCAACAACAAUCGCACGUAAAAAAUCUCUUUGAUGAUAACAAAUCGCCACGCAGUGGGCAACAACGUCGUCGUCCGCUCGAACGAUACGAAGUUGAGUACUUGGAGGGAUUAAAAGCACUAAAAAUUGCGGAAAACGCGAAAAAAGAAAUCAAAUAUUUCUUUCAGCGCCUCGAAGAGAUCAUCAAGAAAAAGUACAGCAGCUAUAAUAUCGACGAAAUUUCCGAAAAUGUCCAAAAUGGAUACCAAAAAUUCUCCGAGUACCUCGAUACGACGCCAAAUUUCGCGGAUUUGUCGCCCGAACUGAAGGAGCAAAUCAUCGAUUUCUUCGAGAAAAGUAUUAUGACGAAGUAUUACAAGUACCUUUUUUCGCCGCACUUUACCAAAGACGAGGAGAAAGAUGUUGCGGUGCAACGACGCAUUCGGCAGUUGGCAUGGAUUAGCUCGAAACAUCUCGUUUGUAGCAUCGAUGAGGUGAAUGCGGAGGUACGGGACUUGGUUUAUGGCGCAAUUACGGAACUCGUGUCGAUGGAUUCGUUCCAAACGCCGCAGGAAAAGCUCGAACGCAUCGUUCAAUGCAGCAGGAAUAUCUUCAAGUUGCUCAAACAUACCGUCGGAGGUCCUGCGAGUGCUGACGAGUUCCUGCCAGCAUUGAUUUUUGUCAUUCUUAAAGCGAAUCCCGUGAGGUUACAUAGCAACAUUCAAUACAUCACGCGAUUUAGCAAUCCAUCACGUCUCAUGUCGGGCGAAUCGGGAUAUUAUUUCACGAAUUUGAACUGUGCAAUAAAUUUCAUCGAAAACUUGGAUCACAAAUCGCUCUCGAUGCCGGAACAGGAAUUUCGUGACUUGAUGACGGGCAAAAAACAUUACAACACUGCAUGGGAAAGUGCUCUGCUGGCAUGCGAAAGUCUCCAUUUGAUGUCUGAAAACAUGCAAAAAAUGUCAGAACUCAAAUCCAAGAACGACGGUUUAACAAACGCCAUAGCGAAUGUUCAACAAGACAUUCAAAACUUCACAAAAGAGGUUGCAGAUCGCACUGCGAAAGUAAUUGAAGCCACUCCGUUUGUCAUUCAACCGAUCAAGACGCCGCCCCGCAUCAUCGAUCAACUCAAAACGCGUCAACUUGCACCAAAAACGGGACAUUUUUCGACAAAUCUCGCCACAAUGGUAGCGGAUGCGACUUUUACGCCGCCUGAUGUGAAGAAAACUCCGCAAACGGAAGAAGCAGCGUCAGUUUCUGCGGUUCCUGAGAAGAGUGAACAGUGUCGCGGACUCGAAGCACUCGCAGAUUCACUCACAAAAACCCUCGAACCGAGUUCGGCAUCACAAAUAUUCGACGAAGUUGAGACGCCCGACGAUAAAGCACGGCGGGAUUUCAUGCGAGGCAUUCGAAACAUCAACUACGACAUGGAUUUCUCGGAUGGCAGUGCGGAAAAUAGCACAAUUGAGGAUUUUGUCGAGAAACCAACGACUUUGUUGGGCAUUACGGACUCCUCGUCGCUUGAUACGUUGGAUCAAAUUGGCGCUACGAAGACUUUGAUGGAUGAUAGUCCGGGAGCUUUGGGUCUUGAGUCGCCGUUGAAGCCAUUUGUGUCGUUGGCGUCGUCGCCCGCAGUGAAAAGUAGUUCUUCUAGUCAAAAAAUGAGUCAAACGUCGUCGGUGAAUGUCGAUUAUAAGGGAGGAUUUUCAGCUCUCAAUAAAAUUCCGACAAUUUCCUGUUCAACGGGAAACAAAUGUGACUCGAUUAAGGAGCAAAAUGAGUCUUCGUCGUAAGUGUUUAGGGUAAAAAGUUAAAAAUAAAGAUAAAAAUUUAAA